AUGUCAGUAUCACCAGCCGAAAAGGACAGCGAAAAGGCUAGCUCCCUCGCGGAGACGCCCGGUACUCCUCCAGAACUUCAAACUGAGUCCCAGGAAGUGAUCCCAUAUGAGCAAGACCCGCGGAAUCCAUGGAAUUGGAGCAUGGCAUCGAGGAUCUUCCACACUGCGGUGCCGUGUUGCUUGUCGUUCCUCAUGACCUUUUCCACGUCUGUCACCGUCCCUGCUGCCGGGUUAAUCAUGGAAGAUUUUCAAGUCUCACGAACGCAGUCACUCCUACCAAUAACCAUAUAUACUCUGGGUCUCGGCUUCGGUCCGCUCCUAGUCGCACCAUUCUCGGAAGUUUGGGGACGAAAAUGGGUGUACCUCAUCACAACAACUUUCCUACUCGCCUUCACUGGAGGUUCCGCCGCCGCCAAUAACUUUUCUGCUCUCCUAGCAUGCCGAUUCCUCGCCGGCCUACUGGGGUCCGCAGGUAUCGCCAUUGGGGCAGGAACUGUGGUCGAUGUCUGGCAACUGCACAAGGGUGGAGCGCAAGCAUCAAUCCUCUUUAUAUUAGGGCCAUUCCUGGGUCCGACACUCGGGCCCUUGGCUGGCGCAUACGUACUCAAGGAUCACGGAUACGACUGGCGCUGGACCCAAUACCUCCUGUUGAUUGUCGGAGCUCCCGUCUGGUUGGGCUGCCUUGUAAUGAAGGAGACUUCGCAAAAGUGGAUUCUGCGCAACGACGAGGGCUCAAAGAUAACCCUAGCGGGUUCCCAGAUAGCCUCCCUCAUCGUCGGUGCACUCAUCAAGCCGACAAAGAUGCUCUUUACGGAAGUUGUCGUGUCCUCGCUGGCCAUCUACUCGGCCUUCGCUUACGCCAUGAUUUUUAGCUACUUUGCCAGCGCAUCAUAUGUGCUACCGAAGUUCUACGGCUUCGACCCCCGCCAAACAGGAUUGACUUUUAUUAGUAUCAUCAUCGGUUAUCUGCUGGGUGGUAUCAUGUUUGUCGGCUUUGAUGUUACUCUGCACGGUCGGGCGAGGAAGCGAAGCCCUGAUGGGAGGACGGGGCCAGAGCAUCGACUUUACGCUGGGAUGGCCGGGAGUAUUUUCAUCCCGGUCGGCCUGUUCUGGUACGCGUGGGCGGCAAAGCAGAACGGCAAUUGGGCAGUGCUGGUGGCUGCGGGCAUUCCGUUUGGCCUGGGCACCUUUGGUCUCUUCCUCUCUGUCAUUACGUACAUGGUUGACUUUUACGGCAGAGAAAGUGCCGCGUCAGCUCUUGCGGCGAACGGCAUAUUGCGAUACACGCUCGGGUCCGUAUUCCCACUAUUCACCUUCCAGAUAUUUGAGGCUGAGGGCUGGUCCGUGUUUUCAGCGCUCUCGGUCGCGGCCGCUGCCAUUCAGUUCCUAGACUUUAGCGUUCGCUGUCUGGCUGGAAUCACCGCAGCGUAUCGCUCGAUCGACUCGGGUGGCUCUCUACCGGAUUAUUCAGAUAUUCUGGGAACCGCGGAAAUGCUGCAUUCCUCAAGUACUCGCUUAAGGGAAUCUUUAUCGCAAGACAUGCUGCGCAGGCCGCCGACAAAGUCUGAGCAGCAGGUCAUCGCCGUUUCUACGCAGUGUGUUGAUAUUGCCAAUGAUUUGAUCCGUGCUCUCGACCAUUUUGCCCCUUCGGAUCUCACAGCAGCCUCGGUAGUGAAUAAAAUCUACGCAAGUUUUAAGGCUUCGUUAAACGCCAGAACUGUGCAGACCCUCCAACAGAAGAUACGCGAUGUCAGGGAGGAGUUAGUGUACGUUGUGCUUCUCGACCUAAGGUAA